AUGCUGAAGUACGCACUUAAACGUAUUGUUCAAGGUCUUAUCACUGUGUGGUUCAUUGCUACCGCCACUUUUUUUGCCAUGCACGCUGUGCCUGGCGAUCCGCUUUCCGGCGAUAAAGCUUUAAGCGACAAAAUACGCGCAAACCUUGAAGCCAAAUACGGCUUGGAUAAGCCGCUGAUGACUCAAUACGGUAUUUAUCUGAGCAACAUCGCCCGGGGUGACUUUGGCAUCUCUUUCACCCAGGAAAAUCGUAAGGUCAACGACAUCAUCCGCGAGCAUUUUCCCGUAUCAGCAACCUUAGGCAUUCUGGCCAUUCUGUUUGCUGGUGCCGGCGGGAUUCUGUGGGGUGCAUUAACUGCCCUGUAUCGAAAUCGGUUGCCUGACACCAUUAUUAUGUUUCUGGUCAUUCUCGGCAUAUCGGUGCCUUCUUUUGUUGUCGCAGCGAUUGGCCAGCUCAGUCUCGUAAACAUUAAUGACGUUGCGGGUUUUUCAAUCUUGCCUAUCGGCGGCUGGGGAACUGUUUGGCAUAUGAUUGUGCCCUCGAUGGUCCUUGGCCUAGGCACCAUGGCGUAUCUUACGCGCCUGAUGCGCUCGUCGAUGCUUGAGAUCAUCAGCUCUGAUUUUGUUCGCACUGCAAAAGCCAAAGGCGUACCGGCAACGAAAAUAUUUACCCGCCACCAGUUACGCAACGCGAUUCUGCCUGUCAUAACCGUGCUUGGGCCUUCUAUCGCCGGGAUUACUACCGGCGGUUUUGUGGUUGAGAUUAUCUUUGCCAUCCCCGGUCUUGGUCGUUACUUUGUCCAGGCCGUACAACAGCUGGAUUACACCGUCAUCAUGGGCACCACGGUUUUCUUCGGUGCGUUCCUGGUCUUCAUGGUCAUUCUGGUCGAUAUUAUUUACGGCUAUGUUGAUCCACGGGAUGCGUGGAUUCGUCUGAAAGCCAACCGGAGGGCUUUGUAUUCCCUGUAUCUGGUUGCUGGCUUACUCCUGUUUACAUUUAUUGGCCCUGUGCUCUGGCAGAUCGACCCUUCCGUGCAGGAUGUCGAUCAGAUCAGUCAGCCGCCAUUUGCCAACAGAACGGUACAACUGGUGCCGGAAUACGAGCCCUGGUAUCCGUCCAGCGAAUUGUCCAGCCCUGGCCUCAACUUCGUGCAGCCACCCACCACUCAAUACGUUCGUUUGACAUGGGAUAAAAACCCUGUCGCGACCGGAGGUUAUCGGGUUUACAGGAACCUGUUUCCGAUCGGAGCUGAACGGGCCUAUGGACUGCCAUUGCAGGAAACCGGCGCAGAAGAGAACUUUUUCGAAGAUCGCCUGGAUCUUAAGCCACGCAAUUAUUUCUAUUCCAUUGUCGCUCUUGAUGCGAACGGUAAUGAGUUACACGAUCACGUUGAUACGAUAGAAGGUGAGGUGAUACGUGUCAUGGCACCUCGCGAGGCCAUCUCCCGCGGCAUGUUGGGCACCGAGGAGGAGCCGGUCUUUGGCACCCAAUACACGCUGCCCCUGCACCCUCUGGGCACAGAUUAUCUGGGACGAGACAUGCUCGCUCGACUGAUGCAUGGCGCCCGAGUGUCUCUGUUCAUCGGUUUUUUCGCCCCAUUCAUCUUCGUCUUGAUUGGCGUUGCUUACGGUAGCGUUGCCGGUUUUCUCGGUGGCAUGACCGAUCAGGUCUUAAUGCGUUUUGCCGACUUUGUGGUUGCGUUACCUUUCCUGUUGUUCAUGAUUUUAUUCAAGGUGGUUUUUGCCAUUGGGCCAGGUGAAAGCGGCAUUAUGCCCAUGCUGCUGGCGAUGGUACUGCUGUUGUGGCCAUCAACCGCUCGCCUGGUACGUGGUCAGAUCCUGCAGAUCCGUGAAGAAGGCUAUAUCAGUGCGUCACGUCUGCUGGGCGCAAAAACCAACUACCUGGUUCUACGUCACAUGAUCCCCAACACCAUGGGGGUGAUUCUGGUCACCAUCACCUUUGCAGUGCCCAGCGCAAUUUUCACCGAAGCUUUCCUGUCAUUCAUUGGCAUGGGUGUUGCGCCGCCUACCCCAUCCUGGGGUUCGAUGUGUAAUGAAGGCAUUAAAACCAUGCUGACCACACCUCAUGAACUGAUCUUCCCCGCGCUGUUGAUCAGCGUGACCGUCCUGGCCUUCAACCUGCUGGGUGACGGCUUGCGGGAUGCCUUGGAUGCGCGCAUGCAUCUGGCCGUUGAAUUUGACACCUACGGCGGCACCGUGCAGGCGGUACGUGGGGUUAGCUUUGAUGUUGCACCCGGUAAAACACUGGCUAUUGUGGGUGAAUCCGGUUGUGGCAAAUCCGUAACCGUACAAAGCAUCAUGGGUUUGAUACCGAUACCACCCGGGCGGAUUACCGCAGGGACCGCAAUGAUGAAUGGCGUCGAUAUCAUCGGCCGCAAAACCAUCAAUGGCGAAGAUAUCCGCGGCGGCCAGAUCGGUAUGAUCUUUCAGGACCCGAUGACGUCGUUAAACCCCACUAUGAACAUCGGCAACCAGAUUGCUGAAACGCUGAUCGUGCAUCGCGGUUACAGCAAACGUCAGGCGUUCAACCGGGCGAUAGAGUUACUGGCGCUGACCAAAAUCCCAGAGCCUGAAAAGCGCGCUAAGCAAUAUCCGUUUGAGUUUUCCGGCGGCAUGUUACAGCGCGCAAUGAUUGCCAUGGCUAUCGCCUGCGAGCCCCAGAUCCUGAUCGCUGAUGAACCGACCACAGCCCUGGAUGUGACCAUUCAGGCACAGAUUCUUGAUCUGCUGGCAGACCUUCAGCGCGAAACCAAUAUGGCCAUUAUUCUGAUUACCCAUGAUCUGGGUGUUGUUGCACGCAUGGCUGACGAAGUGUUGGUGAUGUAUGCCGGCCAAAUGGUAGAACAUGGCUAUGUCGACGAUAUCUUCUACCGCUCCAGCCAUCCAUAUACCAUGGGGCUGCGAGCUGCGAUGCCAACAAACAAGCCAGGCGUUGAUGCGCGCCUGACCCCGAUUGACGGCUCCCCACCUGACCUGUUCCAUCCGCCAGCGGGCUGUGGCUAUUGUGCACGUUGCCCACAUGCGAUGCAGAUCUGUGUGGAUAAUCCCCCCGAGACCUACAUCCUCGGGGAGCGACAUGUCCGGCGCAUGAGCAAUCUUGUCAGCAUCAAGAACCUCGUCAAGUACUUCGAUAUCGGUCCGAACCAACGGGUCCAUGCGGUUGACGACAUUUCACUGGAUAUCGGCGAACGCGAAAUUGUCGGCCUGGUCGGCGAAAGUGGCUCCGGCAAAUCAACCCUCGGCAAAGCCGUGGUUGGACUGCAUGAUAAAACCAGCGGCAGCGUCAGCUUUAAAGGCGAAUUGCUACCGCAGAAAUAUGGUCCUCAGGACUUCCAGCGCCACGCCACCCAUAUGCAGAUGAUCUUUCAGGAUCCGUACUCGUCUCUGAAUCCUCGUAUGACUGUGGGCGAAAUCAUUGGUGAAGGGUUACGCCUGCACCGGCAGCUACCCUCUGCAACCGUACGCGACACAGUGGCUGAAUGGCUUGAACGUGUGGGUCUGGAAGCGGACCACAUGUCCCGAUAUCCCCAUGAAUUUUCUGGUGGCCAGCGUCAGCGUAUCGGCAUUGCACGCGCACUGAUACUUGAACCUGAGUUUGUAGUCUGUGAUGAGCCAAUUUCCGCCCUUGACGUUUCUGUACAGGCGCAGGUGGUCAACCUGCUGGACGAACUGAAGAAAAGCAUGGGCCUGACACUGCUUUUUAUCGCCCACGACUUAUCUAUGGUGCGUUAUGUCAGCGAUCGCAUGGCGGUCAUGUACCUGGGCAGCCUGGUAGAAGUUGGCACCGCGAAUGAGCUGUUUUUCAAUCCUAAACACCCUUAUACCCAGAUUCUGAUUGGCUCAAACCCAGAGCCAGACCCGCAACUGGAGCGACAGCGACCUUCAACCGCGAUUGAAGGCGAGAUCCCCUCUCCAGUUAAUGUUCCGGCAGGAUGUCGAUUUGCCAACCGCUGUCCUAAAGUAAUGGAAAUCUGUCAUCACACCACACCGCAGCUGAUUUCAUUAGUCGAUGUAGAUAAACCAGAUGCAGCCCGCCGUGACGUGGCUUGUCACCUGUAUACCUGA